AUGUUAGACAAAGCCCUAGGCUCAUUUGUAUCUGCAACUUCUAUCGGGUCGGUCGAGCGGGUUCAGGCAUUGCUUAUGCUUGGUCUUUACGAGUGGAUCUCGCCUAAUCAUGAAGGUCUUCGGGCUUGGAUGCUUGUUGGGGCUGCGGGCCGCAUGGCUCAGGCUCUCAGGCUCGGAUACGAAGCAAGAACCCAUUCUUCUGAACACUAUCCGGUUAUGACGCCCGACGAAGUGAUUGUUGAUCGUGAAGUAAGGCGAAGAACCAUGUUCAGUUGCUUCAUAUUUGAUCGACUUAUAUCUUGUGGCAAAGAGCGGCCCUCCCUAAUACGAUCGGAAGAUGUUCAUGUUCAGCUACCAUGCGGCAAGGAUGAGUUUGACUUGAGUCGCCAAACUGUCACCAGCUUUUUUGCAAGCGGCAUUGAGGCCAUAUCGCACCACGAUAUAAGCUUACUUGGUCGUUUUGUACUGCUAGUCGACCUUUGGGGUCGUAUAUCUCACUACACCAGUGCCGGGGGUCGCUUUCUGGACCAGCACGUACCUCCUUGGGAUCCCCAGUCCAAGUUCUUCCGCUUACGACAAGAUUUGGAAAACUUCAGCAAUGGCCUCGAAACUCCUGGGAAAUUCUUGAGUCUCAGUCCUGCAAACUAUUUCCGUUUUGAAAGCGCUUCCAGCACUUAUAUCUUAACCCAUCUUUUAAUGGCCCUCUGCAAAAUUAUGCUGCAUCGACAAUACCUUCCGUUCAUACCAAUCAAUUGCACUAAGCCCUGUGGUCCCUUGGAUGAGCCUACGUUCCCUCGGGGCCAGGUUCCUUUAGGUUUCUGGGAGCAAAGUGCUCGAGAAGUUUUCAAAGCAAGCAAGGAUGUCUCUGACGUGAUCGAGUUGUGCGACGAAAAGCUUCCUCACUCCCCUCUCGCUGCUUUCGUCAUAUAUACUGCGUCAUUCACAAGUAUUUACGCUCGAUAUUUUCCUCACAUGGAUACAGAAGGCUAUUUGACUAGCCAACAGAAUGGCGAAGAGGAGCCGGCUGGAAUUCGGCCAGCUGUUGUGUCAACUGGUACUACUAAAGUCAUGUUUGAUGCUCUCACAAAACUUUCUAAGUACUCGGGUGUUGCAUCCGCUUUUGUCGCAAGAUUUAAUGAAGCGGAUGAGUACUUCUUCUCCAUGGUCCAAGACCACCACCGUAACUCAAGGCAACGCACCACUUCCCAGCAUUCUGGCAGCGCAAGAUUGAGUGUUCGUAUGGGAGGCAACACGGGAGGCCUGGAAGAGUGGGUGGAAAGGUCGGAGAGCUUGGUUAGUAACAGUUCUAUCAUCAAGGAAAGUCAGCAACGCCCGCAUAGGAGACAAACCAGCACUCAAGGGAUGGAAAAUAUUAUUGCCGUAGAUGAUCGAGAGGUCAGCAGACAUGAAGCUUCAAACAUGCGUGUUGAAGCACCGCCUUUGGAUCUUCAACCCGUGGAUUCGGUACCAAACGACCAUGCCAGUAUGACGACUGUUGCAGUUACACCGCUUUCAAUGCAGGAUAAGUUGACGGAUUCAGGCGAUCACAUACGGACUCAUGCAUCACCUUCAGUGCCGCCACUGAGCAACGGCGGUGAACCUCUAUUUCUGGAAGGCAACGACGAUUGGAGUUGGGGCUUUCUUCAUGAUAUGUACUUGGGCAGUGUGUCUCUUGAGUACGCAGAUUCCGGUCCAAGUUUCUCAUUUUAA